UGUUCCUUUUCCUUAGUGCUCUUUUCCAUGUUUCAGGUCAUCUACAGCAAAUACACAGACCUUGUUCCCAAAGAAGUUAUGAAUGUGGAUGACCCUGAGCUGCAAAGACCAGAUGAAGAAGCUGUCAAAGAGCUUACAGAAAAGACACGAGUUGCACUGGAAAAGUCUGUCUCUCAGAAAAUUGCAGCAGCAAUGCCAGUCCGAGCGGCUGAUAAACUAGCUCCAGCUCAGUACAUUCGAUACACACCAUCACAGCAGGGAGUGGCAUUCAAUUCUGGUGCGAAGCAGAGAGUUAUUAGAAUGGUGGAGAUGCAAAAGGAUCCCAUGGAACCACCAAGAUUCAAGAUUAAUAAGAAAAUUCCUCGUGGGCCACCAUCUCCACCUGCUCCAGUAAUGCAUUCUCCCAGUAGAAAGAUGACUGUAAAGGAGCAGCAAGAAUGGAAAAUUCCACCUUGCAUUUCAAACUGGAAAAAUGCAAAGGGUUACACCAUUCCAUUAGACAAACGCCUGGCUGCGGAUGGCAGAGGAUUGCAGACUGUACACAUCAAUGAAAACUUUGCUAAGUUGGCAGAAGCUCUUUACAUUGCUGACAGAAAGGCUCGUGAGGCUGUAGAAAUGCGAGCCCAGGUAGAACGGAAGAUGGCUCAGAAGGAAAAAGAGAAACAUGAGGAGAAACUUCGGGAAAUGGCCCAGAAGGCCAGGGAACGAAGAGCUGGAAUUAAAACUCACAUGGAGAAAGAGGAUGGAGAAGUUAGGGAGCGUGAUGAAAUCAGACAUGACAGGCGAAAAGAAAGGCAGCAUGACCGGAAUCUUUCCAGAGCAGCCCCUGACAAAAGAUCAAAACUACAGAGGAAUGAGAACAGAGAUAUUAGUGAAGUCAUUGCAUUGGGUGUUCCUAACCCUCGGACAUCCAACGAAAUUCAGUAUGACCAGAGACUCUUCAACCAAAGUAAGGGUAUGGACAGUGGCUUUGCAGGAGGAGAAGAUGAAAUUUAUAACGUCUAUGAUCAGCCCUGGAGAAGCGGCAAAGACAUGGCCCAAAAUAUAUACAGACCAAGUAAAAAUGUGGAUAAGGACAUGUAUGGUGAUGAUUUGGAGGCAAGAAUAAAAACUACUAACAGGUUUGUUCCUGAUAAGGAAUUUUCUGGCUCAGAUCGUAGACAAAGAGGAAGAGAAGGACCAGUUCAAUUUGAGGAGGAUCCUUUUGGUCUAGACAAAUUCUUGGAGGAGGCAAAACAGCAUGGGGGCUCUAAAAGACCUUCUGAUAGCAACCGUCCUAAAGAACAUGAUCAUGAAGGCAAAAAGAGAAGGAAAGAGUAAAAAACUGAUCUCUCUCUGGCCACUGAGACUGAAUUCAGUACUUUAUGCUUUUAACUAUAUGCUCCGUGCUGAAAAUAACGCACCAUGAGUGUUCAAAGGCAACAUUUCCCUAUGGAAUAGAGAAGGAAGGAAAAAGCAGACCUCUGAAUAACAUAGGUUCUGUAUCUUGGUUUCUAAGUAUGUUCAUCCUCUUUGUUUCAACAGAGAAGGAUGUCUUAAUUUGAAAUAUGCCACUUGAUUUAUUC